GUUCAUCCUGACGGAAUCUGCAUCUUUCCAUACAGCAUCACUUUCAUGACGACAGAGCAAACCGCAUCAUACCUCGUAAUGAGAACGCCUGCCUUAUUCGCUCUUUGCUCUAAGAAGUGUGAUGUUUCUGCACCAAAACUUAGAUAAAUAAUCUCGUACUUCGCGAAUUGCGUGGAAUUUACAACCAUACCGAAAGCCACGGGAAAAGUAGUGUUCUCCCCAACGGAUGAAUUCGCAAUCUUCAGAGAGAUUUAGAGUAUUCUGAAUUUCUGCCCUGUAUGGAAAAAUACGACACUUUACUUCGAUUUUUGAUUGAGAUGCAUUAAAUUUGAAGUCUCUUUGACGGAAGCAGUUUAGUGAUAACGAAGGAACUUAGCUGAGGGUCGUUGGCAAGGUUGCAACACAAUGUAGAAUAUUCCCUGGUGGAGAGAAUUUUGGUGCAGAGACAGAGUGGAAGCAGACCCCGAUUAAUCCUCUGAUCUCACUAUCGGCUUCAAGUCUUGGGGGCUGGGGCUUCAUCCUUGAGCAAUGGAGUGCAGAUUGUGAUCGAAAGAUCGAAAGAUUGAUAACGUGACCCUUCGAGGAUUGCAUCAUCUGUCGCAUAGUGUGAUUCGCGAAUAGGUUGCUGGACGUAACUUUCUCAUGUCCACCUAUCAAUUGAGGAGCAGAUGAAAAAGAGGCACAUUUCGUUACAUGUGUAGCGGACGUGUGGUCCUCAACUCCAGGUUUGAAGUAAAUUUUGCGUAAAUCAGCCAUGUCUCCUCCUGGGAUCGACACCGUUCCAGCGGUCCGAUGCAUAGUGAAGCUAGGAGGAAGUUCGGCCACGGAGAAAGAUAAAUUCGAAACUUUGAAUGAAUAUCUUCUUUCAGAAACUGCAAAGCAACUCAGGGAGGUUUUUGUACGUUCAUCCGUUAGGCAGCUGACCAUGGAUUGGAGUCGUGGAUCGAAAGCCGAUCAAGCCAGUCAUAUGCCGGAAGACGAGAGUUCUCCCGAAAUUCUUCUGGACAUGACUCCCUUUGUUGUCGUUCAUGGAGCAGGUUCGUUUGGACAUUUUCAAGCCAGCAAAGGACGGGUAAACCGUGGAGAUCUGGCAGAAGAUUUUGUCAAGGCUGGAUUCGUGGCGACAAGAAUAUCUGUAACCAAGCUGAAUCAUGCGGUGGUAAGAGCCUUUGCAACAGAGUGCAUCCCGGCUGUGGGUGUUUCUCCUUUCUGUGCAGGCUGGGCGACGAAGAAUCGACAGCUUGUACGUGAAAAUUCAGCAGAUGUGCAGCAGCUACUUCAAGCCGGUCUCUUACCGGUUCUUCAUGGUGAUGCAGUUCUUGAUAGUGGCCAGGGUUGUGCUAUUUUAAGCGGUGAUGUCAUUGUUCGUCAGCUCGCGUUCGACCUAAAACCCAGUUUUGUGGUGUUCCUCACAAACGUACCUGGUGUAUAUGAUCGACCCCCUUCAGAUCCACACGCGGUUCUCUUGAAGGAAAUUGCUGUUGAGGACGGAGAUUGGAAAAUAAUAGACCCUCAACUGGAGGCGGGACUCGAAGUCCAGACCAAUGUUGCAGCACAUGAUACAACUGGAGGCAUGGAAACGAAAAUAGCAGAGGCAGCUUCCAUAGCAGACUUCGGCAUUCCAGUUUUGGUUGUAGAGACCGGUUCCAGUCAUGCGUUGGAAGCUCUGAAAGGAACCCCUUUGAGUAAUAGAGGCGAAUGGGUUGGAACUAUCAUUAGGAAAGCAAUCCCAGGAGAGCUUGGCCAAUAGGAGUUGGAGUUGCUCACAACACUCUGUAUGUGGCUGAAAGUUGAUCUGAAAAGGUCUCCUCAGCCUGGAUCUUGUUUCAUAAACUAUCUUCUUUAAUGAUCAGGAGCAGAGACUCUUGCAUCAUGCCGUAAACUUCUCGUUUGAGGGGUCAAGGUUUGAAAACACUGAACAUCUAGAAGCUUUUGAAAGUAAGUUUCACCUUAUUUGAGUAUAGUAAGCUCUUUUGAUAUCUGAAGAUUUCCGUUUAUACAAUGACUGUCCUUGCUCCAGGACUAUAUACCAUGGUGUAUCAUUCUGCAGAAUGUUAGUCCAGAUAAUCUAUUUGAUCUAUUUUUGCAUUUAAGAUGACGCAUCCCCGUGUUUUCUCGCGUUUCCACAUAUCUUGUACACAGGAAGAACUGCAGGAUAUAUGUACCGUCAUCUGCCAAAGUAGAGUAAACUCACCCAUAUUUUCACAAAACUACCAAGUGUCUCAUUUGUCCUUGCGUUUUCCGAACUAUCAAGUGAAACGCUUGAAGUGUAAUUUCAUGACAGAAAUGAGUGAAGUUUGAAAUUAGUACAAAAUCCGCAUGUCUAUAGAAGCAACGUUACUGCCGCAAGAACCAUGACGUACAAUUGGUGUUUAGGGGCGAGCAGUCGUUCUUUGCUUGUAAUCAGGACGAUUCCCGAUUUGUUUGUUGGGAACGGUUUAUACUAUCUUCUAUCCAAUGUAGUAAAACUGGAGAUGGUCGAAGGUCC